UCGUCCAAUCUUUGCGGGAUUUCAAUUUUCAUUAUCAAGAAUAAGAUCUUCAAUUCAAAAACAAUUUUUUUCCAAUCACCGGAGAUAACAACCGGAGAGAAGAAAAAAAGAUGCCAAAGAACAAAGGAAAAGGAGGAAAGAAUCGGAAGAGAGGAAAGAACGAAGCCGAUGAUGAGAAACGAGAAUUAAUCUUCAAAGAAGACGGCCAAGAAUACGCUCAAGUGAUCCGAAUGUUAGGCAACGGCCGAUGCGAAGCCAUGUGUAUCGACGGCACGAAACGGCUCUGCCACAUCCGUGGCAAGAUGCACAAGAAGGUAUGGAUAGCUGCCGACGACAUCAUCCUCGUCGGCCUUAGGGAUUAUCAAGAUGACAAAGCUGACGUCAUCAUGAAAUACAUGCCUGAUGAAGCUAGGCUUCUCAAAGCUUAUGGAGAACUCCCGGAGACUACGAGAUUGAACGAAGGUGUCGCCGGCGGAAUUGAUGAGGACGAUGAUGGCACCGGCGAUGAUUAUAUUGAAUUUGAAGAUGAAGAUAUAGAUAAGAUAUAAAACUUAUUUUAAAAUAUGCCAAUGCAUUUUAUAUUAUUAUUUGAUUUUUUGGAUCUAAAUUUAUUCUAUAACACAACAACAAUGCUUUUUUUUCUUUUAAAA